AUGCAGCAUCACUUCCACCUCAAUCGCAGUUUCGAUAUGCAGUUGUCUCCCGUUGCAGCCUCUAUUAUCGACUGGGCUCCAGCUGGCCGCACCGGUACCGUUGGGAAUUCCCACACUCCCGCAUGUUCCCUUCCAACUGUAGGCGUAAACGGGUCACACACUCAUGCGGUGGAUUCGACGUCAUUAAGCGGUGCGGCUAAACUUAAACCUGCUGAAAAUCUCUCUGGCAUGCGGGUGCUGCACCGGUGCACUCGGCAGUUGCUUGCCAAUUCGUGCGUGUUGGUGCCGAUCUUUUCACGGGGUACGUUUAAUGUGAAUGCGGGGCUGCUCGCUUCUCUCGGUCUGACCGGCGGGUGGAACGAUGCCUGCUCGCGGCCUUCCGGUUUCCACGCCAAUGAUGUGCUGCAAUUGGAGGCGACGUGGGGCAAGAGGCAAUGGGCGGGGAUAUUUAACUUGGUGUGUUUCUCUUGGAUGUCUACCACUCUUCCCCUAUUUGAGUUUAUUACGGUGUCACCUCGGACAGAUUCGUCGCUGCAGGUCGACCGACUGAUGUUCAACUGGAGCGGUUUCUGGCGGGUGUUCGUUUCGGGUGACGGCAGUCGCCGAAAUUCGCUCAUAUCGAUGGAUUCCCCCGCUGAAAGGUUUGUCGCUGACGUACCUGUUGCGCCCACUGGGAAACUACCUGACGAGAGUAAGUUGGGUGGUGUUACCGGUGUUGAUAAAAAACAUGACGGGCUUUCCACUACGCCUCCGAUUACCUCUAAUGGUGAUGAUACAAGACGUGGAGGUGCCAUCAGUACUGGAAAAAAAGUAAAGGUUGGUAAUACCAGUGGCAAUACCACUUCAAUGAAUGGCGAUAGCGGUAGCGGCACGGCAGGGGUUUGCAUGAAGAAAAGGGAAGAAGUUGCUGAGCCUGUCAGUGGCUCGAGUAGUGAGUUAUGCGCCGAAACACAGAAGGUGGGUCGGUGGUGGAGGAUUCGAGAGUUGCGCUGCGGUGUAGGUGUUGCUCUGAAAAAUGACAUCGUGAGUGCAGCAAACGCUUACUUUGGUUAUAGCUUCCACCUGGGUCGAGCACUAACUUUCUCCUCGCAUGUGGAUGUUCUCCGUCGCGGCUGCUACUCCGUCACAUGCAGCACCGAUCGCUUCGACCUCGCCACGCGUCUGCGUGUCAACCACAUCACAUCGCAUUUCACCGAGAUGGAUGCUGGAAUUGGUUGGCGGCCGCUACGGCACGUACCUGGCUUUACGUGCCGCCUCUCGUACUCGAUGGGCCGCACAUCGAUGGGUUUUACUGCCCGUGAUGUUACUACUCACUGGGGUUUGGCGGCUCACAGAACUGAAACUCCGGUGCAGGCCACAGCGGUUCUACCACCACCGCUAUCUUCCCUCCCUGUCCCCGUUGCUGUGGAGUCAAGGGGAGCUUUGUUACAGUUGUGGGACGCUAGCGUGGACUGGGGGCUGAGUGCAGCUCAUUUAGUGCUUGGUACUCUUUUACCUUCAUUAACUGGGAGCGCAGCAGCGGGGCGGCGGGUUGUAAAGGAGGGGGAGGAGGUGGAGGUUCCGGAGCAUAAACCCAGGCAGUGGAAUCGUCUCUCUCGAGCAUUUCUUGCUGGUGUCAGCUACUGUAAAGCUUCGGUAACACAGGCGAAAUUUGACCUCACGAUGGGGGUGGCGACGCAGCAACCGAGACAAUCGAGGCCUCUGAGGUUCUUUUUUGUUGUUUCAGCCUACUGA